CCUCGGUUCCGAACCAAUACUGAUGACCGUUGCUCCGAACCCAAAUUUAAAAUCUUCUCCGACCCACCAUUUCUCUGUCCAAAGCAGCGUCACCAAGGCACCAACCCUCUCUCACUCUAUCUCUAUCUCUCUGCUCUCUCUCUCUGAAAAACCCAGAAAAUGGUGUCGAAGAUCUCCAAGAGGACCCCAACGAAGUCCAUCAAAGACUGCCGGAAAAGCAACCACCAGCAUCGGCGGCGCCACAGGCGGAAAUCUCCGGCGAAGAACGUGAUCGCCUCCAUCAACAAGUCGCUCUUCGCGUGCCAUCGCCGCCUCGUCAAGCUCUUCUCCAAGUUGGCCCGAAUCGCCACCCCCAGCCCGAACCGCCACAACAAGGGCUACAAGAUCCUCCACAAAAUCCCCGAACUCGAACAACCCGAAUCCGAAACCAGUGUACGGAAAGCCCUCGUGUUCGACAACAUAGAACCAGCGCGUCUCCCGCCGCUGAUCGCGCCGAAGAGAACGGUGGUUUUGGACUUAGACGAGACCCUGGUCCACUCCAAAAUGGACCCACCGCCGGACCGGUUCGACUUCCUGGUGAGGCCGAGGAUCGACGGCGAGAUCAUGAACUUUUACGUGCAGAAGCGGCCAGGUGUCGACGAUCUACUGGCCGCGCUGGGUGAGCGAUUCGAGGUCGUGGUGUUCACGGCAGGGCGAAGAGAGUACGCGUCGCUGGUGUUGGACAGGCUCGACCGGAAAGGCGUGGUGGCCCACGCGCUGUACCGGGACGCGUGCAAGGAGAUAGAUGGGAAGUACGUGAAGGACUUGUCCGGGCUGGGGAGGGACCUGAGGCGCGUGUUGAUCGUGGACGACAACCCGAAUGCCUACGGGUUGCAGCCGGAGAACGCGAUUCCUAUCGUACCCUUUACGGGGGAUCUCGGGGACAGAGAGUUGGGGAGGUUGAUGGAGUUCUUGGAGGGUUGCGAUGGGGUUGAGGAUAUGAGGGAGGCUGUGAAGCUCUAUGUGGGUGCUGAUCAGGAUGCUAAAAAAACACUUUGAUGGUUUGGGAUUCUAUGAUUUCUUUGUUUUGUUUUUGGUUUUUUUGAGUUUCUUUUUCUUGGAAUGCGUUGAACAAAGUUGUUCAAUUUGUAAUGAGAAAAGAAGCUUUGGGUAAUUUUAUUUAGUUGUCUCUAUGUUGAAGAUCCAGUGGUUUAAUAUAGACCAAAGUUCAUCGAA